AUGUUUCUCUCCUAUUUAUUGAUCAGUUUGAUCGGCCUUUCCACGGCGCAACAGCUCAGGCCCGAGUUUACAAUUACCGCGAGAAAAGUGAGUUAAAAAAGAUAAAAUCUUGAGGAUACCUUAUUAAUUUUUAGAUUCGUCAAUCAGACAACAGCGAGUCGAUCAAUGCGGUAGCUGGGCCUCAAAUGUGCACGGCGGAGGAUUGCAAUAACCAUGGGACUUGUUUUGGAACCAAGUCCAUGCCAUUUUGUAUUUGUCAAAUCGGAUUUGCUGGAGCGAGAUGUCAAGAGUGUAGGUGGAUGAAAUACGUGACAGUUCGUAUAUAGCCUCAAUUUUGAAAAGGGUAGAAAUCAAUCUUAGGGACUUGGAGUGUUUUUAGGGUACUACGGAAUGUUGGGAAGAUAAUGAACGCUCUGUCUCUUCAAAAAUUGCAUAUUAUUAUAAUUGUGUCGCGGUAAAAUCAAGUCAGACUAAUGAGAAACGUAUUUUAAAAGUUACUUGAUAAUAAGCUCAACUUCUGCAGCGAAAAAUUCAAAUUCUUAUUCAAAUUACAAGAUUUUUAUAAGUCUGUCGAGAAAGUAAUAUAUUUUGCAUCGAAAAUCGCGUCAUCGCCAAGAAAAUAUUAUAAAGAAGCGAACGAGUUGUGCUCCUUAUUUUCCCGACAGACUGAUAAUUACAACAGUGCAAGUACCAGGAAUGUAAUGAGCAAAAUGUGACUGUACCAAUCGCGUCGCCACAAUGAAAAGAAAUUUGAUUUGGCCGCGACAAAAUUCAGCCGAUGCAAUUUUAGACUCGGCAUUGUGCUUAUUAUUUCUCGACAGACUGAUGCAUCCGAUGACUUGCUAGUUUUUGCAAGGUUACUGUCGAAAAGAUGAAUUUGGAGCUCACAAUUCAGUGCUCACUUAUUCCAUUUUCAGCCUACUGCGACAACACCCGCGAAUGUUCGGGCCAUGGUUGGUGCAUGGGAACCACCUCGCAAUACACUUGUCUCUGCAACCUGGGCUACAGCGGCACAAAAUGUGAGAUUGUUGGGGUCGCAGUCAACGUGACGGACCCGGUAACGGCAGAGGUCCGCGAAAAGGCCACAACUCUCGCGCCCUCGGAUGGGCCCACCAAUAACGAUGCUGAGGAUGAGAAACAAUUGACUGGUCAAUUGUAA